UGGCUGCUUGUUUCAGUGCUCGUCCGUCUUACACAAGACAAACAACCAAACGCCUUGGCGCUCCUGACUUUGACUUGUUGGUGGUUGUACACAGUCGAUCGUUCCUGUUAGUUGGGUGCCAUGUCUUUCAAAAAGCUUCCGAGCAACAGCCGGAACUGAAACGCUCGAUCCGGUCGCUAACUGGCUGGACUUUCAUUUCAUCUGGGGAUUUAUAAAAUCGAUCGAAAAGAUAUAUAAUCAAUAUUCGAAAAUGCGUCCGAGUGCGAGGAAACAAUUAUUGGUGAUUCUGAUCGUCCAGUGCUCCUGGUUUCUGGCUCGUAUCGAGAGCGGCCGGGUGGGACAUGCCAUGACGGAAGACGAGAAGCAAUCGGCCUUCGAGCAGUUGUUGGGCAAGGCUAGCCGAUUACGGAUGGCCGGAUCAUCUCAGACCUUAUUCGAAGCGACGACGAUCCAGCCGCCGACCAUCGCUACAAUGUCGACUGCCAUGCCGAUCAUGUUGAGUGAUGAAGAGGCCAAAAGGCACGAUCGGCGGCACGCCGUCCACCAGCCAAAGAAACACAACAAAAAGGAUCAUUCCAAACGUCAGCAUCACGCUGGACGGCAUGUUUGCACGCACGAGGAGACGAUUACACGGCCAAUCAGAGUGGUGGAAUCUUACUGCAAACCGGCCUACAAAUCCUUCACCCAGCGCUGCAGCAACGGAACCAUGUGCACGGCCUUCAGGGUGCAGUACGACACGAUCUACCGAACGGUGGUCAAGUACCAGACCACCACGGAGAAGAAACACGCCUGCUGUCCCGGAUGGACCCACACGGAGAAACACACCCACGGAUGUUUGCAAGCUGUGUGCAGUAAAGGCUGCAAGAAUGGUGGCACUUGCGUCAAACCCAACACUUGCAACUGCGCUCCGGGAUACACUGGCCCGUCUUGCGAGUCAGACCUGGACGAAUGCGCAGCGCCGAGCAGCAACCUUUGCCAGCAAACUUGUAUCAACUCAGCCGGAAGUUAUCAAUGUGCCUGUCACGACGGCUUCCAACUCCAGGACGACGGGAGAUCUUGCAAAUUUCGACUGGAACUGGUUCCAGAGCUUAAGACACUUCUGAUAAACUACGAGUCCAUGUCUAAACGAUUGGCCGCACUGGAACAGGAGCCCCGAGUUAAUAGUAGUCCAAGUCAACCACACCCUGCACCACAGGUGGACGUCAUUGACUAUCAGUCAACCAUCGCCAACAUGACGGAUCACAUCAUCUUAUUAGAAGAAAAGCUGAAUAAACUGCAAAAUGAAACGACCAUCUUGAUUGCAAAUAGCAACAACACCGUUGAAUCCUCAAACAAUGAAUCUCUGGAAUCUUUGAGCGAACAAGUGGCCAUCCUCGAGGAAAGACUGGCAGAUUGUACGUGCACAAUGGCACCUAUCGAUAACACAGUCAAGACGCGCCUUUAGCCGGAACAUUGCGCCGUCCAACCCUUCCAGCUAUCUUGCCACCGAGCGGAUCGUCACUUCCUUAAAAGUCCAAUACAUCAAAAGAAAACGAUUCGAAUCAACCAAACUUCCAUCUUAUUAUUUUCGCAUCAUCACAUCAAGCCACUGACUGCCACGUGAAGUGACUGUUAUUUUUUUUUUAAUAUCUGGAAUUUAACUGGAAAAUAUAUAGACGCUAAUUCAUCGGA